AUGGCUGCUCCCUAUACAGUCGCACCACAACUGGAAUACUUCAACAUUUCUAUAGAAGAAUUUGCCGCAGCCCGUCCAGAAUUCGACAGCUUUGCCACUGGUGCCUAUAUUUUCUUCUACGAUGCAUCCAACACGGGUUCUUGCCCACGCAUCUUGCUACUCCAACGAGCACUGACCGACUCCAUGCCUGGAAUGUGGGAAGGACCCGGCGGGGCAUGUGAGCCAGACGAGGAUAAGACAAUUCUCGAUGGAGUCGCACGCGAAGUGCUUGAGGAAUCAGGACUACAUGUAUCACGGUUUGUGGAACUAGUCUCUGCUGAUGGCUGGACGCAUAAACGACGACGCGAUGGAGUGACUAUUCGAAUUGCGAAGUACUCCUUCAUUGUCGAGGUUCAUGAAUCUUUGCGUCAUGAUACAUCUACUGGUACUUCGCUGAUAGUUCCUUACGAUGAAAUUCCUGUUCGAUUGGAGGAGAGUGAGCAUCAGGCGUUUGGGUGGGCGGCUGAAGAGGAUGUUCGGGUGUCCAUGCAGCCGAACUCGGGCAAAGGCUUGUUUCCCACGGGCGGUCAACAGGGUCCUAAUAUUCUGAGUGCCUUUGAAUUAUUCACGAGUCAUUGA